AUGAGUCGCCUCCCCAUCUCCAGCAUCCACUACAACAGAGACACCAACAUCCUGGUCCUCGCCACCUCCCUGAUAGGAGUUCUCCACGGUGCUGUGGAGCAUGUUGACACCAGCCAAAAGCUGAAGACCUCUCAUGAACACUCCCUCUGCACUGCUCUCUACAACAAAAACUUCAAACUGGUGGUGAGCGGUUGCCAUAACGGCGUGGUGAGCGUGUGGGACAUCCUGACGGGGGAGAAGGUCAUGCAGUUCCAGACGUCGCCGGAGAGGCCGGCAGAGGUGACAGCCAUGGCGUUCGACGCCCCCAAGCGCCGACUCAUCACGGGUUCCAAGGAUGGAAUCGUACGUCUGUGGAACUUCAACAACGGAGCGCUGCUGCUCACCCUGCCCAUGCUGGACGACAACGAGGUGACGGGCAUCAUCUACAUCAAUCAGAGGAUCUACGUUUCCGGCUGGAGCAAGAGAGUCAUGUGGUACCUUGAUGUGAAGGAGGACAUGGAGAUGGAGUACCGUGUGUGGAACCAGUACCACUCUGAGGACAUCUACUCCAUGCACGCCCACGGCAACAAGAUGCUGGUGACCGCCUCCUACAGCGGUGACAUCAUCAUCUGGAACAUUGAUUCCGGUCGCGCCUUUUGCAGGUUCAACGCCAGCGAGAGCCCUCGUCCUCUCCUGCCCAAACGGGUAUCACCUCUCAUCUCCGAGUCCAUUACUGUGGAGGCGGAGUUAGAUGCUAAGGACAAGACUCAGAAGAGGUUGUUGGGGGAACACAAGGCGGACAGGAGCGGCAAACUUCCACCAAUCAGUGUCGAGGAUCUGGAAAAGCCUAGUCUAGCUGUGGAGCAGGCCCUGUUCCUGGGUACCCGGGAGCGCAGCCCUGACACGGCCAUCCUCCUGACCAGCGUUGCGGACGGCCACGUGUACGCCUGGUCCAUCCACCACCAAGGGGGGCUGCUGGGCAAGUUCAGGGCUGUGCACAGCAACGGGCUCUCCAUCAACUCCAUGUCCACCGACCAGCGCAACCAGAUGCUGCUCACCGGAGACAGCUGCGGCUACAUCACGCUGUGGGACAUAGAGGACUACUGCCUUUCCAGACGCGCGGAACAGGAUAGAGCUGGUCGCCACAACCCCACCACCACCAGGCUGCCCAGCCUGAUCCCCCACUACUGCAAGGUGGAGGGGCCCCGACAGAGGGUGCUGGAGGAAACGACGGAGGAGACGACAGAGGAGGUGGAGGAUGGCUGGAAGGUGUGUCUAACCUCCCCGCCCUUGCUCAGUACCUGGCGGGGGCACUUAAGGAGCAUCGUCAGCAUAGAGUAUGUGGAGCGCUUCAGUGUCAUCGUUACCGCCAGCUUGGACUGCAACUUGCGUCUCUGGACCAUUUCUGGAAGCUACAUAGGUACGUUUGGACAGGCCCAAUGGCGUUUGGGCGACCCCCAUGCCUUGACCACGGGGCUGCCUGUGGACCUGAGGAGGGUGGGGUCCUGCCAGACCCUCAAGGUGCUCAACAAGGGCACACGUCCACACUGGAACUGUGCCAGGCGCAUCCUGGAUAACCUGACUCUGCAGAAGCUGCAGAACUCCGCCAACUUCAGCGGAAGUGAGGCCCCCAAACUGCAGGAGCUGGUGACCUCUGACCCCCGCAUCACCCAGUACAGCAGCGAGCAGAUAGAAGAGACCUGGCAACGCUGGCAGGAGAAGGGCAAACAGCUGAGGGUGUUUAAGCUUAUGCCCUGCUGCCCCCUGAUGCCCAUCAUCCAGCCCCCGGUCCCUGCCCGGUUGAAGGAGCAACAGAAGACCCAGGAGGCAGGAGACCUGCUGGCCAAACAGAAGAGGAACUCCAAGCGUGGCCCUCAUGCACGCUACACCGCCGCCAAGGCAGGGUGCAAGAAGUCCGUCGCUUCCAAACAGCCAGUCAAAGGCAGCCUCGUCUAG